AUGGCCGCAUCUUGUGGAUGUAAAGGUGUCCGUUUUUGUGCUUCAUGCAAAGACAGUGAUCGAGUUAAAAAUCUUCGAGAAAAACCCGAAGAUCAGACGGAAAAGCUGUCAAAUUAUCUUCUCUAUGUCUACAAAGAUGGAAAAUGUUAUCAUAGACCCGAAUUGAGACUGCAAUCGACAAAAGAGGAGAUUGAGAAAGCUACGGGGGAAGUUUCCACUUCUUCAGAGGCCAGUUUUUCGAUCGAUGGAAUAGAUUUGCUCUUUGAUUUUCUUGAUGAAAAGGAGGAACUUGCUGUUGUUGAGGAGAUCGACAAGAAAGAAUGGGUGCUAUCGCAGUCUGGUAGAAGGAAACAAGUAUGUUUUUAUUUGGUUUUGAGUAUCCUUUCGAAUUUUAGGAUUACGGACCAAAGGUGAACUUCAAGCACAAGAAAGUGAGGCCGCAGUUCUAUGAAGGGCUUCCUACUUAUGCGGAUUUGAUACUAGAACGAUUGAGAAGUAUUAACGAUGUAAAAUAUGGGAAUUAUCAGCCAUUUGAGCUGUGUAAUUUGGAGUAUGAUCAAGAGCGGCAAAGUGGAAUAGAACUUCACAAAGAUGACAUGUGGAUAUGGGGAAAUCGAUUGAUCAGGUGAGAGAUUAAUCUUUUAGGAACAAGAAGAUGUCCAAAGCUGUCUUUAGAGAUAUGUUCCAAAUCUUUUUGAUACGUUUAUCUAGAUGUUUAGGGCGAUGUUGUCCAUGGCCUCAUAAUUGCUAUAUUUUUUUGGAAAAUCUCAAAUUUCCGGUAAAAUUCAAAUGUCAGAUGGGCUAUAAAUCGUAUGAACAAAGUUUUUUACAUUUUUGUCUUUUUAGCUAGCCUCCGCUACUUUUGCCGUUAGAUUUUUCCACGAUAUUACCUAAAUUAUCUUAUCCUUCCAAUUUCAGUCUCAACCUGCUUGAUGGAUCUGUGAUGUGUUUUGCCAAUGAAGAGAAGAAUGCCCUAGUCUUUCUCCACAUGCCCCGACGAUCGUUAUUAUGCUUCAGAGAUGAGAGUCGGUUCAAUUGGACUCAUGGAAUUUUCCCCUGGCAUAUAACUAACCGCCGAAUCGCUUUGACAAUGCGAGAGCCAAGUCAAAUCUUUCAAGAAGGUGGAGAACUGUUUGAAAAAUACGGGAAAGAGCUGAUUGAGCGAGGAAACAGAAGAAUUCCAGCGUAA